AUGGCUUUAUCACAUCAACACAGCGAGGUAGAGGCAUCUCACGAUGACCCCUACCUCAACGACCCCGAGACAACCAAGAAGCCAGUCACCGCCGACGAGGCAAUGGAAAUUGCCAUUGGGGAAACCACGACAGCCAAAUACACGAUCGACUCAGAUAACUCGCCUUAUCUCGAGGUCCGGGCAAAUGUACCCAAUACAGAUGACCCCAGCCUGCCUGUCAAUACGGUGCGGAUGUGGUGCCUCGGCGUGAUAUUCACAUUAGUUGGAACCGGAGUUAACCAAUUCUUCUCGAUGCGAUAUCCCAGCGUGACCAUCACGUCACUAGUUGCGCAGUUGCUCAGCUAUCCGCUUGGAUGCUUCGUUGCCAAAGUCCUGCCUGUAAAAAGCAUUCGUAUUUUUGGGUGGGAGCUUGUUCUCAAUCCCGAUCGUCAUUUCAAUAUCAAGGAGCAUGCGGUGAUCACGAUCAUGUCGAAUCUCAGUUUUGGCCAGUCUUGGGCGAGUGCCACCAUCCAGGCACAGAAAGCGUUCCUAGGAAUGAAAACGCCCGUUGGCUACCAGAUUCUGUUGUCGCUGUCGAUGCAGAUGUUUGGGCUUGGGUUGGCUGGGUUGGUUUAUAAAUAUAUUGUUGAACCACCGCAGAUGAUAUGGCCUUCAACUCUGGCAAAUGCGGCAUUGUUCGAAACACUGCACAGCCAAGCAAACCUCAUUGCCAAUGGCUGGCGGAUCUCGCGCUACAAGUUCUUCUUGUAUGUUUUUAUUGGAGGUUUCUGCUGGUACUGGCUGCCGGGAUUCAUUUUUACUGGGUUGAGUACAUUUGCAUUCAUCUGCUGGGCCGCCCCGCACAACAAAAUCCUCAACAACCUUUUCGGCAUGACCACCGGUCUUGGAUACCUACCCACUACCUUUGACUGGAGUCAGAUCGCGUACAAUCAAUCACCCCUGGUCAUUCCCUUCUGGGCCCAAGCAAAUGUCUUUGCAGGCUGGUUCUGCAUUUAUGCCGUGGUGACACCGAUCAUCUACUACACUAAUACCUGGUUCACUGCGUACCUCCCUUUGACAGGAUCUGAUGCCUACGACAAUACCGGUCAGACAUACAACUCGAGUCGGAUUCUAGACUCGACCGGUGCAAUUGACGAAGCAAAGUACCGGGCCUACAGCCCUAUUUAUCUACCUGCCACUUUUGCCAUGUCCUAUGGGGUGGGCUUUGCGGUGCUUAGUUGUUUAAUUACUCAUGUGCUCCUUCACCAUGUCAAGGAUAUCAUUGACACAUUUCGCGGGGACAAAAAGAAAGAUAUCCAUGCCAGACUUCUCUCUCGGUACCCAGAUGCACCUUGGUGGUGGUAUGGAAUUAUGACGGUUUUUGUCAUCGUUGUUGCAAUCAUCACACAAUAUGUCUGGCAUACAGGACUUCCCUUUUGGGGGGUAUUCCUCACCCUUGCCUUGGCUGCGAUCUACGUUAUCCCUGUGGGGAUUGUUUACGCUGUGGCGAAUCUCAACAGCAAUGUUUUGACUGUUCUUGGAGAGAUUAUUUCUGGCUAUGUGCUUACGGGUCGACCCCUAGUGCUGCUGAUCUUCAAGUUCUAUGCCUAUACAGGGAUCAGCCAAGCGAUGAUCUACAGUGCAGAUAUGAAGCUGGGGCUCUACAUGAAGGUCCCUCGCCGUACCUUGUUUGUCGCGCAGCUGAUCGCUUGUAUCUUGGGCAGCUUGACGCAAAAUGGCGUUCUUUUGUGGAUGCUCGGCAAUGUAAAGGAUGUUUGCUCCAGCACCCAGGCAGAUCGUUUCACUUGCCCACAAGGACGAGUUAACUACAACAGUGCAAUCUUCUGGGGUGCUAUUGGACCCACCCGCUUGUAUAAUAUCGGGAAAAUAUACUCGGGUCUCCUGCAUAUGUUCUGGAUCGGCGCAACCUUACCGAUCCUCACAUUCAUAUUGAGAAAGAAAUGGCCCAACUCGAAGAUUUUGAACGCUGUGCAUUGGCCCAUUUUCUUUGCGGGGACUGGUAACCUGCCACCAGCGACAGGAAUCAAUUACUCUACCGCAUUUGUGGUCAGCUAUAUCUUCAAUCGGUACCUGAAAAACCGCAAGCCACAAUGGUGGGCCAAAUACAACUACGUUCUCUCCGCCGCACUCGACUCUGGUGUGGCCGUUUCGGCAAUUGUAAUUUUCUUUGCGUUGGUUCUGCCUCGGGUGAGUCUCAGCUGGUGGGGGAACAAUAUCAACAGCGGCACCGUGGACAGCCAGGGGAUUCCGUGGAAGGAACUGGGAGCGAACGAGACUUUUGGGCCAUCUACGUGGACGUGA